GACAUGCUAAUUUAAAAUGAAAAGAGUUAGUGAUACAGUGAACCAAAAUUUCCAGUUUACAAAUUGUGAUUGCAAUUAUUGAGAAUUUAUUGCUUAGAAAUGCGAUUCAAACCCCUAAUAAUCCUUCCUCCAGUUAUAUCUCAUCCCCAUUUCAUUAAACCCUGCAAAACCCUAAUUUACACAACCCAAUUUGGAAGCUGUAUUCAAUUGAGAUGCAUUCUGGAGGAAAUUUUUGGGGAUAGGAUUGAUUGGAGGUUACUUCUUGGUUCUUGAGUAAUGGGUAUUCCAAUUCGUCUUUUUUACUUGGUGGGUGUGUAGAUAUUGUGCGGAAUCAGAGGAAAUUGCUGCAAUUGGUAGCUUCUGCUUUUGAAGUUUGUUGUUCAUAACUUUAUAUAUUAUUACAUAUAGAUUCUGUAAAAAAUCUUUAGCUUUUGCAUAAAUUUGAUAAAUUUGUCCUUCCUAAACUUUCCACAUCUUCGUAGCUGCUUCAUUUUAUUUCAGUAUUACAUGACUGCAAAUUAUUCUUUAAGCUCUUAGUAUAAUAUUGACUUAGCUGGCCACCUAAUCUUUAUAAUAAUUAAUACUGUAAUUUUUUCCAACUUAUGCAUUGUUUUUGUACACUACUUGGUCAUAGUUUAAUAGCAUAUCUUUUAAAAAUUAAUAGAAUAUUAACCAACAAUGACACCAUAAAUUAUGAUAUAUUAUUGACCACCUAGUCAUCCUAAUCAGCUAGAACCUCACUAAUAUAUUCAUUUCUGGAAAUCCUAUACUGCUAAACUCUCCAGAAAAAGCCUUGUCAAGGAUGGAACUUGAUGUAUCAGCUUUGAUUUCUAAUACAAGCUCAUUAAUGUAUUCAUUUACUGAUUUUAUCCUUGAACCCGUUUUCUUGCGAUGGUUUUCGGGCUCACUACACUUACUUUUGUCAUUUGUGUUAUUUGUCUUGUUUGUCUGUAACGUAUUAUGUGCGGAAGGUAAUAGCGACGAUUCAAAAGAGUGUUUGAGUAUUAACAAGAGGCUCUUGUGUUAUAAACAAAUUGUGUUACGUUGUUUGACUGUUUCAGUGUGUAAUCUUGUUUUGUGUUUGUUGAGUUACUUUUAUUGGUACUCUUCUGACUAUGAACUGAUUAGCCUUUUGGAUUCACUGCUUAGAACAUUGUCUUGGGUUGCUGUUUAUUUACACUCCCAAUUUUUUAGCUCAGCUAAUACCAAGUUCCCGUUUUCAUUGAGAGUUUUCUGGGCAUUUUAUUUCUCAAUUUCAUGUUAUUGCCUUGUUGUAGACAUUGUUUCUUAUAGAAAACAGUUGUUCUCUGAAGUUCAGUAUUUAGCAUUGAAUGCAAUCUCUCUAUUCAAUGUUUUGUGGCUUUGUUACCUGGGGUUCUUGAAAACUAAGAGUAAAGAUACCAGUCUCAAAGAACCUCUUUUAGAUGGUAAUUUAGAGUCAACUAAGUCAACAGGAAGUGAUACUGUAACUCCUUAUUCAAAUGCUGGUCUUUUUAGUUCUCUUACCUUCUCUUGGAUAAGUUCUCUGAUUGCGGAUGGCCACAAGAGAACUUUAAACCUUGAGGAUGUUCCUCAACUUUAUGGUGGGGACAGUGUUGUUGCAGCAUAUCCCGUCUUCUGCAAUAGGCUCAAGUCAGAUAGCAUUGCUCCUAGAGGAGUUACCACGAUUAUGCUUGUGAAGGCGUUAUUCUUCUCAGCUUGGAAAGAUAUUCUUUUGACUUUCUUUCUCUCAGUAGUACACGCAUCAGCUACUUAUGCCGGUCCAUAUCUUAUAGAUUCAUUUGUCCAAUGCCUGAACGGGCAAGGAGAGUUUAAACAUCAGGGAUAUCUUUUGGCUGCUGCCUUUUUGGUUGGAAAGCUUGCAGCUUGCUUGUCUGAGAUACACUGGUAUUUUCAGUUGAGAGCAAUGGGUAUCAGGAUAUAUGCAGUACUUGUGACAAUGAUUUACUGCAAGUGUAUGACACUUUCAUGCCAGUCGAAACAGGGAAACACUAGUGGGGAGAUCAUCAAUUUAUUGUCCCUUGAUGCAAAGCGAAUUAGUGAUUUUACCUUGAGCAUGCAUGAUCCCUGGCUAGUCAUCUUCCAAAUUGGUCUGGCCUUGUUCAUAUUUUACAAAACUCUCGGGCUUGCAUCUCUUGCUACUUUUAUUGCAAUAAUUACUUUCAUGUCUCUGAACUACCCUUUAGGAAGACUGCAAAAGAACUUUCAGCAGAAGUUGAUGAAAUCUAAAGAUGAAAGAAUGAAAACAUCAUCUGAGAUCUUAAGGAAUAUGAGAAUUCUCAAGCUUCAGGCAUGGGAAAUGAAGUUCUUGUCCAAGAUUGUCGAGCUUAGGGAGAUAGAGACAGGAUGGUUGAAGAAAUAUGUUUACACUUCAUCAGUAGUUACUUUUUUCUCCUCUGCUGCUCCAAUUUUUGUGUCUGUGAUUACCUUUGCUACAUGUAUGUUUAUAGGAAUCUCAUUUGAGUCAGGAAAGGUCUUAUCUGCACUAGCUACAUUUAAGAUUCUUAAAGACCCAAUUCGUAAGCUUCCUGAAACAAUUUCUAUGAUGAUUCGGACCAAGGUUUCCCUUGAUAGAAUUGCAUCUUUUCUUCAACUUGAUGACUUACAAUCUGAUAUCAUAGAGAAAAUUCCAAAGGGUAGUUCAGAUACAGCAAUUGAGAUACUAGAUGGUAAUUUCUCUUGGGAUUUGUCUGCCCCUAUCCCGACAUUGAAAGACAUUAAUUUCAAAGCAUUUCAUGGCAUGAGCGUCGCUGUAUGUGGUACAGUUGGUUCAGGCAAGUCGAGCUUACUUUCUUGCAUUUUGGGAGAGGUCCCCAAAAUCUCAGGGACAAUUAAGCUGUGUGGUACAAAGGCCUAUGUUGCACAGAUUCCAUGGAUACAGAGCUGCACCAUUGAAGAGAACAUACGGUUUGGUAAAGAGAUGGAUAGAGAACGGUAUGACAGGAUUCUGGACGCCUGCUCGUUAAAAAAGGACCUGGAAAUGCUGUCAUAUGGAGACCAAACUCUAAUAGGUGAGAGGGGUAUCAAUCUGAGCGGUGGACAGAAACAGAGAGUACAAAUUGCACGAGCUCUCUACUAUGAUGCUGAUAUCUAUCUUUUUGAUGAUCCUUUUAGUGCUCUUGAUGCACAUACUGGAUCUCAUUUAUUUAAGGAAGUUUUGCUAGGUCUUCUGAGUUCGAAAACUGUUAUAUAUGUUACACAUCAAGUUGAGUUCUUACCUGCUGCUGAUAUAAUAUUGGUCAUGAAAGAUGGUAGGAUUACACAGGCUGGAAAAUAUAACGACAUUUGCAAUUCUUGCUCCGACUUUAUGGAACUUGUGGGUGCACAUGAGACGGCUUUAUCAGCUCUUCGUUCCAAUGAGACACAGACAGCUUCUGAAAAUGAAAGUAUGAGAAAGGACAAUGAUAGCCUGAGCAGCACAAAUGGGCUUUCCUCUAAAGAAGAAGGUAAAAUUUUACAAAAUGUUAAAGCGGAUGGGAUAAUUGAGCCAAAAAAGCAGCUUGUUCAAGAAGAAGAGAGAGAAAAAGGUAGAGUUGGGUUUCAAGUCUACUGGAAAUAUCUCACAGCAGCAUAUGGAGGAGCUCUAGUCCCAAUUAUUUUGCUUGUACAUGUUUCCUAUGAGGUUCUUCAAAUUGGCAGCAAUUACUGGAUGGCUUCGGAAACUCCAGCAUCGAAGGAUGUGACACCCGUACUUAGUAGAUACACAGUAAUAAUUGUGUAUGCUGGGUUGGCAAUUGGAAGUUCAUUUUGCAUCCUGAUCCGAUCCAUACUUCUUGCGACAGCAGGGUUUAAAACAGCAACUGUUUUUUUCAAUAGAAUGCAUUUUUGCAUAUUCCGUGCACCCAUGUUGUUCUUUGAUGCAAACCCAAGUGGACGGAUUUUAAGCAGAGCUUCUGUAGACCAAAGUGCAGUUGAUACGCAAAUUCCAAAUUUGCUCAAGGCAGUUGCAUUCUCAUUGAUCCAGAUUCUGGUGAUCAUUGUAGUGAUGUCUCGGGUGGCAUGGCAAGUUUUUAUUGUUUUUAUUCCUAUGGUUGUCGCCUCCAUUUGGUAUCAGCAAUUUUAUACCCCUUCUGCUAGAGAACUUUCACGGUUGGUUGGACUAUGCAAAUCUCCAAUUAUUCAACAUUUAACUGAAACAAUUUCAGGAACAACAACAAUCAGGAGCUUUGAUCAUCAGUCAAGAUUCCAAGAAACACUUAUGAAACUGGUGGAUGCUUAUUCUAGGCCCAAGUUUCAUAUUGCUGCCGCAAUAGAAUGGCUUUACAUCCGCAUAGAUAUGUUCUCUACUAUUACGUUCGCUUUCUUUUUAUUUUUUGUGACCUCUUUUCCUGAAGGAAUCAAUCCAGCCAUUGCUGGUUUAGCUGUCACAUAUGGGCUCAGUCUAAGCUUGCAACAGUCUUGGGUGAUAUGUAGCAUCAGCGAUCUGGAGAAUAAAAUUAUAUCAGUAGAGAGAAUACUCCAAUACAUGUCCAUUCCCAGUGAGCCUCCUCUUGUAUUAGACGAAAACAGGCCAGAUUCUUCUUGGCCAUCACAUGGUGAAGUUCUUAUUGAUAACCUGCAGGUUCGGUAUGCCCCUCAUAUGCCACUCGUGUUACAAGGUAUUACAUGUACUUUCCAAGGUGGGAAGAGAACUGGUAUUGUUGGGAGAACAGGCAGUGGAAAGUCAACUCUUGUACAAACUCUUUUCCGCAUUGUUGACCCUGCAGCCGGCCAGAUUGUGAUUGAUGGCAUCAAUAUUUCAUCAAUUGGUUUGCAUGAUCUGCGGUCAAAACUUAGCAUUAUUCCUCAGGAUCCCACCAUGUUUGAAGGAACUAUAAAGAGUAACCUGGACCCUCUUGAAGAGUACACUGACGAACAAAUUUGGGAGGCUCUUGAUAAAUGCCAGCUUGGAAAUGAAGUUAGGAAGAAGGAGAAAAAACUAGGCUCUACAGUAACUGAAAAUGGAGAGAACUGGAGUAUGGGUCAGAGACAACUAGUGUGUCUUGGGCGUGUGCUACUCAAAAAGAGUAAGGUCUUAGUCCUAGAUGAAGCUACAGCCUCGGUCGAUACAGCUACGGACAAUUUAAUUCAGCAAACCAUUAGGCAACAUUUUUCCGACUGUACUGUUAUAACCAUUGCACACCGAAUUACUUCUGUUCUCGACAGUGACAUGGUUCUGCUUUUGAGUCAUGGGUUAAUCAAAGAGUAUGAUUCUCCAACAAGAUUAUUAGAAAACAAGUCAUCUGCAUUUGCACAACUUGUAGCAGAAUACACAGCAAGGUCAAACACCAGUUUUGAGAAGUUGACAUGAAUUGGCUGACGGAACUUCACAAUCCACAGCUCCCCUGAAAUAAGUCUCUUCAAAGAGGUCUAUUCGCAAGGCAGCGUGGCGUGAAGUUAUGGUUUAGACACAUCAUGGGGAUGCAAUAGAAAAAAAUAUUAUUAAGAUAUGUAUUCUUCAUUCUCCGUUCCUCUUUUGACAAUAUAUAUUAUAUAUUUCCAUGAAGUCUUUUUAUAUAUAUGUAUAUCUUUCCAUGAA